CGAUACGCACAAUUUCAGUGAAAAAAUGCCAGGACGUAGGCGAAAGAACAAGCAUUUAUUGAUGCAAAGGAGGCCGCGGCAUGUUCUCGGCAAGGAGGAGAUGUACCAUCAAAAGCGGGACAGAGAGUCGGAGGAAACGGACAAAGAAAACGAGGAGACAGAACCCGCGAAUGAAUGGCCGUUGCAGUUCCCCGUGGCAAUGUGGGAUCUGGAGCAAUGCGAUCCCAAGAAGUGCACUGGCAGGAAGUUGCUGCGGCACAACUUGAUAAAGAUACUGCGACUGGGCACGCGAUUUUCGGGACUAUGCCUGACCCCGGCUGGAAGCAAGUGCGUGACCCCGAUGGACCGCGAGAUCGUGCAGCAGUACGGUUGUGCAGUUGUGGAUUGCAGUUGGUUUCAGCUGGACAAGACUCCCUUCAACAAAAUAAGAACAUCGCAUCCACGUAUACUGCCGUUCCUGGUCGCUGCCAAUCCAAAGAAUUUCGGGAAACCCUGUGAAUUGAGUUGCAUGGAGGCUAUAGCAGCUACUUUAAUCAUAACAGGAUUCCCGGACGAAGCCAAGCUUUAUCUUGAAAAGUUUCGGUGGGGAGACUCGUUCUUAAAAAUGAACGGCGAACUGCUGGAAAAGUACGCAUGUUGCACAAGUGUUCAAGAAAUUGUAGCAGUACAAGAUGCAUUUAUACAAAAUGCCUGGCAAGAGAGAAUAGACAGGCUUGCGCUUCCUGAUUUUCCACAAACUGAUACUGAAUCUGAAGAAGAAAAAGAGGAAGAAAAGGAGGAAGAAAAGGAGGAAGAAAAGGAGGAAGAAAAGGAGGAAGAAAAAGAGGAAGAAAAAGAGGAAGAAAAAGACAAUACAGUUUCAGAUGUAACUAAGAAACUAGACAAUGCAACAAUAUGAAGUACAAUAUUGAUUCUAGGUAAAUUGAAAAUUAGGAAAAUUGAUAUUAACAAGUAUAGCAAGGACUUGUAUGUGUGUGUAUAUAUAUACACAUACGUGUGAAUAUUUUGUAUAUUUUUGUGAAAUAUUGACAACAGAUUCAUUAAUAUAUUGUGAAUAAAGCAACGAAGAAAAAGUCA